AUGUUGAAUAAAGCGGUGAAACCUACGGAUCAAACCCCUAUCAAAGGGUUGUCCAUAUCGUCGGCCCAGUCGUCGACAUAUAGUGAAUUUAAAGCCGAUUCUGAGGACACGAUAAGUGAUAUACAAGAGGAAGAAGAUAAUGGAUUGACAUUAGCUUUGAGUCAAUCGGAAGUAGAGCCUAAAGAUUGUAAGACAAUGAGUCAUACAUUAACUAUAAAGGAUACGGCACCGGCAGAAAACAUUUCAUUUGAAAACAAUUAUAUAAACCUUUUCGAAGAGUUGUCUGUAAUAGGAUCGGGAGGUUUUGGAACGGUAUUCAAAAUGAAGCAUAGAUUCGAUGAACACAUAUAUGCCGUCAAAUGA